GAGGAGGAUGAUGCCGGGCGGCGGUCAGCGUGGGGCUGCUGGUGCCCUCCCGGCGCCGGCCCCGCGGCUGCCGCUGUGACCCCGUCGGAGGGGACGGAGGAUGGCCCCUGUUUUAGACGGCGGGAGGUCGCGGGCGCUGGAGCCAUGGACCCGUCGGCGAGCGGGCGGAACUCCUCGGGCCCCGGGGUGGCCAACGGCACCGUGGGGAGCGGCGGCGGGAGCGGCGAGGGCCCCGGAGGGUCCGGCGGCGUCGGGGGCGGCGGCGUCGCGGGCGGCGGGGGCUCGGUGGUGGGCGAGCCGCAGGGCGGGAGCGCCAUCCUGAUCUCCUUCAUCUACUCGGUGGUGUGCCUGGUGGGGCUGUGCGGGAACUCGAUGGUCAUCUACGUGAUCCUGCGCUACGCCAAGAUGAAGACGGCCACCAACAUCUACAUCCUGAACCUGGCCAUCGCCGACGAGCUGCUGAUGCUGAGCGUGCCCUUCCUGGUGACCUCGACGCUGCUGCGGCACUGGCCUUUCGGCUCGCUGCUCUGCCGGCUGGUGCUCAGCGUGGACGCCGUCAACAUGUUCACCAGCGUCUACUGCCUGACGGUGCUCAGCGUGGACCGCUACGUGGCCGUGGUCCACCCCAUCAAGGCCUCGCGCUACCGCCGGCCCACCGUGGCCAAGGUGGUCAACCUGGGCGUCUGGGGGCUGGCCCUGGUCAUCAUCCUGCCCAUCGUCGUCUUCUCCCGCACGCGGGCCAACUCCGACGGCACGGUGGCCUGCAACAUGAUGAUGCCGGAGCCCGAGCAGAAGUGGCUGGCCGUCUUCGUGGUGUACACCUUCCUGACGGGCUUCCUGCUGCCGGUGGUGGCCAUCAGCCUCUGCUACGUCCUGAUCAUCGCCAAGAUGCGGGUGGUGGCCCUCAAGGCCGGCUGGCAGCAGCGCAAGCGCUCCGAGCGCAAGAUCACCCUCAUGGUGCUGAUGGUGGUGGCCGUCUUCGUCGUCUGCUGGAUGCCCUUCUACGUGGUGCAGCUGGUCAACCUCUUCGUGGAGCCCGACGACGCCACCAUCAGCCAGCUCUCCGUCAUCCUGGGCUACGCCAACAGCUGCGCCAACCCCAUCCUCUACGGCUUCCUCUCCGACAACUUCAAGCGCAGCUUCCAGCGGCUCCUCUGCCUCAGCUGGAUGGACAACGCCGCCGCCGAGGAGGACGAGCCCGUCGACUACUACGCCACCGCCCUCAAGAGCCGCGCCGCCUACAGCCUCCAGGACUCCCCCCAGGACUCCCCCCGGCACUCCGCCGCCGGCAGCAGCAGCAGCGCCUACCGGAACGGCACCUGCACCUCCAGGAUUACCACCCUCUGAGCAGCCAGAAGGCCCCGGGGAAGAGGGGCCAAACACAGCCCAGCUCUGGGCAAGGGGGCGCCCAGAGACUUCCCCGCAAAACAGAGGGGAAAGGGGCUCUUUCCUCCCCUCCAGGCCCCUUCUCUUUCCUUCUAACGGACUUUAGG